GUCAUGCGAGUUGACAAACACAGAGAGAGAGAGAGAGAGAGAGAGAGAUAGAGAGAGAAGGCAGAAACAGAAUGGGAACAGAAUCUCCACCACGUCCACCACUAUAAAGCGUGAAAAACAAAGAUCUGGGAACAGGCGCGAGGUUCCCUCAAAACACCUCUCACGAACACAAGAAGAAUCCAAUCUCUCUCCUCCCCGUGUAAUUCUUCAUCUCUCUCUCUCUCUCUAGUUUCGGCGUUCCAUCCCAGAGCUCAAUACGAGCUCCGGAACUCUAUCCCUCUUAAUGGAUCCCUGCUAGGUUUCUCUCUCUACAUGCGUGCAUUGUUUCUCUCUGCAGACUCGUCACGAGGGCUUUUAUUUUCGACGACCCGCUGCCCUGGGAGUCUAGGACGAGCAUUCUUCAAUCGUUUCCGUGUUUGUGUUUUCGUUUCCGGCCAUUUGAUAGAUGAGAAUGGAGCCUCUGAUCGAGCUCUGCGACCUGAUCGCGCAAAACCCGGCCCAAUUCCACGACAAACUCACGUGGCUGUGCGGCCGGUGCCCCCAGCCCGAGUACCUCCUCGCCGGAUCCCCUAGGGUUUCUCGCUCCCAGCUCAACGCCGUCACCGCCGUCGCCAGGUUCCUCUCCAAAUCCCCCGACCACACCGACCACCGCCCCCAAUCCGUCAUCCUUGAGUUCCUCCGCUCGAUCCCGGCCUCCUUCAACCCCUCCUUCUGGCCCCAGUCCUUUGGGGCCGAUUCAAUCGCUUCGUUUUACGGCGAUUUCUUAGGUUAUGUCUCCAGGGCGACCGAAUUGUCGUCGGAUUUCGCCACUGACGUGGCGGGGUUCGUGGGGGAGAUCGUGAUGACGGCGGUUGGUUACAAUGUGAGUGGGGAUUCGACCCAUUUGGGGAAUUCCAGGGCUUUUUUGAGAGCCCUGUCGAAGAAUUUCUUGCCAAUUCUUCCUUCUGAUGCUGGUAAAUUAGUUUCAUGUCUUCUUGAUAAUUUCGUGAGUUACGUCCCAAGUUCCCCGCACGCGUUGUCUUCGUCGCAGAGUUCCCCCAUUAACGAGAGCUUUAGCCCGCGAAACGACGCGAACAAUGCUUCUAGUUCUUCUAGCAAUUCGGUGGCGAACGGGGUUAGUGUUGCGUGGAAGAGUAGCGUGGAUCAGUUGGUUACGAGUAUUGGGAGUGUUGGGUUGAGUGACGGUGGAGGAGGAGGAGGGAGUGCUGCCGCGAGUUACAGGCGAAUGGUUGCCUCGUUUGAGGAGGAGCCUGUGGAGAGCCUUGAGAAACAAGAAAUCGCGUUCAAUUUGAUUGGCCAUGUUUUGGAGAAAGUGUACGUUGAUCCCAAACUGUUGGAGCAGGUGCGGAUCAUUGCAAAGGAGCAGCUCCAGUCAAUGCCUGCUUUUCUAAAGAUAAGGAAGCGUGACUGGUCAGAACAGGGGCAGCUACUUAAAGCUAGAAUCAAUACAAAACUCUCUGUUUUCCAAGCUACAGCUAAGUUAAAGUUACGAAGUCUUGGAUCACUCGAUUCUGAUGGAAAGUCUUCGAAGAGGUUGUUCCUCAGUACUCUUGCCCUACUGGUAGAUGCUGCAGAAGCGUGUUUAUGUUCAGUGUGGCGAAAACUAAGGAUAUGUGAAGAGCUAUUCAGCUCUUUGCUUUCUGGAAUUUCUCAGAUUGCUCUCACUCGUGGAGGUCAGUUGCUACGAGUUUUGCUCAUUCGCCUUAAACCCCUUGUGCUAGCCACAUGUGCGCAGGCUGAUACGUGGGGCAACAGCCAGGGAGCCAUGUUUGAGAGUGUAUUGAAAACAAGCUGUGAGAUUAUUGAAUUUGGUUGGAGCAAGGACCGAUCCCCUGUGGACACUUUCAUCAUGGGAUUAGCUACAAGCAUUCGUGAACGAGCUGAUUACGAGGAAGAGGAUGGGAAAGAGAAGCAGCCGGUUCCUGUUGUGCAGCUUAAUGUUAUACGCUUGCUUGCCGAUCUGAAUGUUUCUGUUAAGAAGCCUGAAGUGGUAGACAUGAUAUUGCCACUAUUCAUUGAAAGUUUAGAAGAGGGUGAUGCUUCAACGCCGGGCCCGUUGCGCCUGCGACUUCUUGAUGCUGUUUCUCGCAUGGCGAGUUUAGGUUUUGAAAAGUCUUAUCGUGAAACUGUUGUUCUGAUGACAAGAAGCUACAUGAGUAAACUCUCCAGUGUUGGUUCUGCUGAAAGUAAAACCCUGGCACCAGAAGCAACAACAGAACGUGUUGAGGCUCUUCCUGCAGGAUUUCGUUUAAUUGCUAGUGCUCUUUCCAAUUCUAAGUUGCGGUCAGACUACCGUCAUCGUCUGCUAUCUUUGUGUUCAGAUGUUGGCUUGGCUGCAGAGUCUAAAAGUGGAAGGAGUGGAGCAGAUUUUCUUGGACCUCUACUUCCCGCUGUUGCUGAAAUAUGUUCUGAUUUCGUUCCUACUGUAGAUGUGGAACCUUCACUUCUCAAGUUGUUUCGCAACCUAUGGUUCUACAUUGCCCUUUUCGGAUUGGCCCCUCCCAUACAGAAAACUGAGGUUCCAACAAAGUCUGUUUCCACUGUGCUGAAUAGUGUGGGGAGCAUGGGCGCGACAGCCCUUCAAGCCGUGGGUGGACCAUACAUGUGGAAUGCACUCUGGUGUUCGGCUGUCCAACGCAUUUCACAAGGGACCCCACCCCUUGUAGUUAGCUCUGUGAAAUGGCUUGAAGAUGAGUUGGAACUUAAUGCUCUUCAUAACCCUGGCAGUCGUAGAGGGAGUGGCAAUGAGAAAGCUGCUGUAACACAAAGAACUGCACUUUCUGCUGCUUUAGGAGCGCGGGUUGAGGUUGCAGCAAUGAGCAGCAUUUCAGGUGUGAAGGCAACUUAUCUCCUUGCUGUAGCUUUUCUAGAGAUAAUAAGAUUUAGCAGCAAUGGCGGCAUUCUUAACAGUGAUCCUAGUUUAACUGCUCCUAGAAGCGCCUUCAGCUGUGUGUUUGAAUACCUGAAAACUCCAAACCUCAUGCCCGCUGUUUUACAGUGCUUGACAGCUAUUGUCCACCAGGCUUUUGAAACAGCAGUAAUGUGGCUGGAGGAUCAGACAUCUGAGACAGGAGAUAAAGCUGACAUAAGAGAGUCUACUCUCACAGCACAUACCUGUUUUCUCAUAAAAAGUAUGUCACAAAGGGAGGAUCAUAUCCGGGACAUCUCUGUUACCUUGUUAACUCGACUUCGAGAUAGGUUUCCUCAGAUUCUGUGGAACUCUUCUUGUCUGGAUUCCCUACUCUUUUCAGUGCAUAAUGACCCUCCCUUGGCCGUUGUUCAUGAUCCUGCUUGGAUAGCUACUGUUCGCUCUUUGUACCAAAGAAUUGUGCGGGAAUGGAUCGUUAUUUCGCUUUCAAAUGCUCCAUGCACUAGCCAGGGCCUUCUUCAGGAAAAACUUUGUAAAGCUAACACAUGGCAAAAAGCGCAGCCUGCCACUGAUGUUGUUUCUCUUCUAUCUGAGAUACGGAUUGGUACUGGAAAAAAUGAUUGGAGUGGCACAAAAACUGGAAAUAUUCCUGCAGUAAUGGCUGCAGCGGCGGCGGCAUCAGGAGCAAAUUUUAAACUGAUGGAGGCUUUUAACUUGGAGGUCCUAAAUACUGCCAUAGUUAGUGCAACAGCCAAGUGUAACCAUGCUGGAGAAAUUGCUGGCAUGAGAAGGUUAUAUGACAGCAUAGGUGGAAUUCAACCAGGCACAUCACAAACUGGCUUUGGGCUUGGUGCUAGCCUUCAAAAGUUGAGAUCUGGAGUGUUUCCUCAGCCACCACCCCUGCAGAAUGACUCUUUUAAUGAGAUUAUGUUGACAAAGUUUGUGCGUCUACUUCAGCAGUUCGUUAAUGUUGCAGAGAAAGGUGGGGAAGUGGAUAAAUUAUCGUUUCGGGAAACUUGUUCUCAGGCUACUGCAUUGCUUCUCUCAAAUUUGGAUUCUAACUCAAAAUCAAAUAUAGAGAGCUUCUCACAACUUCUACGUCUUCUAUGCUGGUGUCCGGCUUACAUUUCCACGCCUGAUGCAAUGGAAACUGGAAUAUUUAUUUGGACCUGGUUAGUUUCUGCUGCUCCUCAAUUGGGAUCUCUUGUUCUUGCCGAGCUUGUGGAUGCAUGGUUGUGGACAAUCGAUACCAAACGAGGCCUCUUUGCAUCAGACGUGAGGUAUGCCGGACCUGCUGCGAAAUUGAGGCCUCACCUUGCACCGGGAGAGCCAGAAUUGCCACCAGAAAAGGAUCCUAUCCAACAAAUAAUUGCUCACAGACUCUGGCUUGGAUUUUUUAUUGAUCGUUUCGAGGUAAUUCAACAUGGUAGUGUUGAGCAACUCUUACUUCUUGGUCGGAUGUUACAAGGAAGCACUAAGCUCAAAUGGAAUUUCUCACGCCAUCCGGCUGCUACUGGAACAUUUUUCACCUUCAUGAUGCUAGGGCUAAAGUUUUGCUCAUGCCAGUCCAAGGGCAAUCUGCAAAAAUUCAGAACAGGGAUUCAGCUGCUGGAAGAUCGGAUAUAUCGGGCCUCUUUGGCUUGGUUUGCCCAUGAACCUGAGUGGUAUGAUAUAAACAACAUAAAUUUCUCCCAGAGUGAAGCUCAAUCCCUCUCUGUAUUUGUACAGUAUCUUUUGACUGAGAAAGUGGAUACUCCUCAACUUGACUCAAAAGGGCGAGGACAAGAAAAUGGAAGCUCUGUGAAUGAGUUGAUGGAUCAAUAUCACCCUGUUUGGGGCCAUAUGGAGAACUAUGCUGUUGGAAGAGAAAAGCGGAAGCAAUUACUUUUGAUGCUUUGCCAGCAUGAAUCUGAUAGACUUGAAAUUUGGGCACAACCUUACAAUGCAAAGGAAAAUACGCCUUCUCUGCCCAAAAUCACCUCAGAGAAAUGGAUAGAAUAUGCUCGAACUGCAUUUUCUGUUGAUCCUCGGAUUGCAUUAUCCUUGGCCUCGAGGUUCCCUACAAAUACUUUCUUAAAGGCCGAAAUGACACAGCUAGUUCAGUCUCAUAUAUUGGAGCUCCGUUGCAUACCUGAGGCAUUGGCAUAUUUCGUUACUCCAAAGGCUGUUGAUGAAAAUUCGCCACUUUUGCAACAACUGCCACACUGGGCUGCUUGUUCGAUCACUCAAGCUCUUGAGUUUCUCACGCCAUCAUAUAAAGGUCAUCCCCGGGUUAUGGCCUAUGUUCUCAGAGUUUUGGAGUCUUAUCCUCCUGAGCGAGUAACCUUUUUCAUGCCACAGUUGGUGCAGGCUCUACGAUACGAUGAAGGGCGAUUGGUGGAAGGUUACUUGCUUAGAGCUGCUCAGAGAAGUGACAUAUUUGCUCAUAUUCUCAUAUGGCAUUUACAGGGUGAGGAGGUGGUACCAGAAUCAGGAAAAGAUGCAGGCUCUGGGACGAAUAGCUUGUUUCAAGACAUGUUGCCCGAUGUUAGGCAACGAAUAAUUGAUGGAUUCACUCCCAAGGCUCUCGACUUGUUUCAAAGAGAGUUUGAUUUCUUUGAUAAAGUGACAUCAAUAUCUGGUGUUCUCUUUCCUCUUCCAAAAGAGGAACGACGAGCUGGUAUUCGGAGGGAGUUGGAGAAAAUUGAAAUGGAAGGAGAAGACCUUUACCUUCCUACUGCUACUAAUAAACUUGUCAGAGGUAUUAGGGUUGACAGUGGAAUACCCUUACAAUCAGCAGCAAAAGUUCCAAUCAUGAUCACGUUUAAUGUGGUGGAUCGAGAUGGUGAUUGGAAUAUUAUAAAGCCCCAAGCUUGCAUCUUCAAGGUUGGUGAUGACUGUCGGCAAGAUGUUCUUGCUUUACAAGUAAUUUCACUCCUUAAAGACAUAUUUGAAGCGGUUGGGGUGAACCUGUAUUUGUUUCCUUAUGGAGUUCUUCCCACUGGUCCAGAGAGAGGGAUAAUUGAGGUUGUGCCUAAUACACGGAGCAGAAGUCAGAUGGGUGAAACUACUGAUGGUGGUCUAUAUGAGAUUUUUCAACAGGACUAUGGGCCAGUUGGUUCUCCCAGCUUUGAGGCUGCUCGUCAGAAUUUCAUAAUUAGCAGUGCCGGUUAUGCAGUUGCCAGCCUUCUGCUUCAACCGAAAGAUAGACACAAUGGGAAUCUUUUGUUUGACAAUGUGGGUAGACUUGUUCAUAUUGAUUUUGGUUUUAUCCUCGAAACUUCACCGGGUGGAAAUAUGCGCUUUGAAAGUGCCCACUUUAAGCUCAGUCAUGAGAUGACUCAGUUACUCGACCCAUCUGGUGUGAUGAAAAGUGACUCUUGGUACCAGUUUGUUAGCUUGUGUGUGAAGGGUUAUCUUGCUGCGCGUCGGUACAUGGAUGGAAUCAUCAACACGGUACUGUUGAUGAUAGACAGUGGAUUGCCUUGCUUCAGCAGGGGGGACCCAAUUGGAAAUCUCCGAAAGAGGUUUCAUCCAGAAAUGAGCGAACGUGAGGCGGCCAUUUUCAUGAUCCGCACGUGCACUGAUGCUUACAACAAGUGGACCACUGCUGGGUACGACUUGAUACAGUAUUUGCAGCAGGGCAUCGAGAAAUAAACGAACUUUUAGAGGUUGGUCUUCAAGAUGUAUAUGAUUAUUGCUUCCAAUUCUAAUUAUUGUUGCCCAUGCCAUGAUUUUUUCCGUGUGGAAUCACCACUACGGUAGUGAUUAAGUAGGUUUGAAAUCGGCUAUUAUCAGAAGUGAGUUGUUUGUAACUCUGCAGAGGGAUUCCUGGUGAGGUUGUAAAAAUUUACAGUUUGUAGGUCAAUGAGAUUCAUUUUGUUUCAAUGCA